CUAAGUACAGUUUGCAUUCCAAGCCUCACUUCAACACAGCGCAAGUGCAGGAAGUGUGAUCAGAGAAGUAAGCGUGAGGGUGCUGGAUCCGUGAGAGUACAUGCGUUAGCUUCUGAAAAAUGUUUAGUGCUAGAGUUAAUCCGCUUCUCGUGCGUUGUAAUGCGUUCUUUACUCAAAAUAAAUUAGAUAAGUAUCGUGGUGCUCAAGGUUUAUUUGGAGCCUUUUCUGAUCAGAGAACCAGGGAAAAACAUUUUUCGAAAGGAGACCAACGAGAGAAUGAGGAAGAUUUCCUUUUUGCAGAAUUCGCAGACCCACUGGAGAAGGAUACUGAAGAUAUGUAUGAGAAGCGGUUACUAGAGGAGUAUCAGAAAGAGAAGGACCUCAGAACGACCAAGAAAGACCCACACCUUAGUCCGGCAUUACUAAAACAGGUUAAAACACUCCAUCCUUUCAUAGAGGAUCUAAAACGUGGAAAUCACAAGCCAGAUCUGGAUGAAGAGGUGGUGUUUACUGAUGCUGACUUCACUUCUGUAAUAAAGAAACUACACUUUGAUCAAAAGGAUGUGAACCGUAAGAGACAACAUAAAAUAUAUGGUAAUCCAGAUCCUAAUUUACCUGUAAGUGGAGAACAGUGCACAGGAUGUGGUGCAGUACUGCAUUCACUUGAACCUUCUUUGCCAGGAUACCUACCAUCAGAGAAGUAUGCAAGUUUUUUGAAAUGCAAAGAUUCCAAUGAGCUAAUGUGCCAACGGUGCUGUCUACUCAUUUAUCAUCAAAAGGCACUACAUGUUAAAGUUUCACAAGAGGAAUACAGAUCCAUUGUAAAAAGCAUUCAGACAAAAAAAGGCCUUGUAUUGUUCAUGGUGGAUAUGCUUGAUAUUCCUGAUUCUAUUUUUCCAGACUUAAUUGAUAUUGUUGGGGAAAACAAAAGCAUUUUAGUCCUGGGUAAUAAAGUUGACUUACUUCCUGGGGAUUCUCCAGGUUACUUAAAGUACCUCAAAGGUCAGCUUCACGACUAUUGUACCAAAGCAGGGCUUAAUUGGAUGGGAAAUAUUACAGAUGUACACUUAUUAAGUGCUAAAACAGGUUAUGGAGUUGAAGAAUUGAUAUCAAAACUGCAACAAUCCUGGAAAUAUAAAGGAGAUGUUUAUUUGGUAGGAGCUACAAAUGCAGGCAAAUCAACUUUAUUCAAUACAUUGCUGCAAUCUGAUUAUUGUAAAGAAAAGGCAUCAGAGAUAAUCAAAGAAGCGACAAUCUCUCCAUGGCCAGGCACUACAUUGGAUUUGCUGAAGUUUCCUAUUGUCAAUCCUAAACCAUACAGAAUGUUUCAGCGUCAGAAGAGGUUAAAAGAGGAUUUUUCGAAAACAGAAGAAGACUUAAGUGAAACAGAACUAAAGCAGUUGAAGACUCUUAAAAAACACAGUUAUGUUGUAGGUAGAGUGGGCAGAACUUCCACAAAAAGCCAAAAGAUGUCCAAAAAAGACAUUGAAUUUGAUGCAGAACUGCUUUCAUUCAGCACUGAGGAUGAUCCAGAGCAUGGUUAUUUAUCUGAAAAUUUAAGAGAAGUCAACCAGUUUACAUACAAUGAGCUAAAAGAUGCACAUUGGUUUUAUGACACUCCUGGAAUUGUAAAAGAAGGCUGUGUACUUAACCUUUUAAAAGAUAAGGAAGUAAAAGCUGCAUUACCAACAAAAGCAAUCAUACCUCGAACAUUUAUACUCUCACCUGGUAUGACACUGUUUCUGGCAGCAUUGGGACGUAUUGAUUUUUUACAAGGUGAAAGGCCAGCAUGGUUUUCUGUUAUUGCUUCCAACUUGCUUCCGGUUCACAUAACCAGCCUUGACAAAGCAGAUGACAUAUACACAAAGCAUGCUGGUGGAACAUUACUUGGUGUUCCAAUUGGAGGAGAGGAGAGAAUGAAAGAGUUUCCCCCCCUUCUUCCACAAGAUAUUAAACUAAAAGGAAUUGGUGCCUCUAGAGCUGUUGCUGAUAUCAAGCUUUCUACUGCAGGCUGGAUUGCGGUUACAGCUCACUCAGGAGAACAACUUCAUUUGAGGUGCUUUACCCCAAAAGGAACAUCAUUAACAAUUCGUCAGCCUCCACUUUUGCCGCUAGUUGUUAACAUUAAAGGAGAGAGGCUUAGAAAGGGGCCAGCCUACGCAACUAAAAAGCCUCCCUGUCUUGUCCAAAAUUUGAAAUAGGCUUAGAUUUAGACCAUGAACUGAGACUAUAGGGUUAUGACAAAGAAGGAGGUUUAUCACUAUGGUGUUUAAGUAAAGUUGUCCAUAUAUUUAAA